UGACAGUCUGGAAAAUCUUGUCAAAAUACAGAGUGAACUGAGCACCAACAAAAUAUAUGUAUAUGUAUAUGCUGCUCCUUCUGGUUUUCCUCGCUUCUAGACCUAGCUUGGGAUAUGAUAUCAUUAAGAGUGAAGUGCUCACUGCCCAUAAUGAACAUCGUAGGGAUUGGACUGUUCCGGAGUUCAUCGAAUCGCCUGCCCUCUCCAAGGAAGCUUUGGUGUAUGCUUACUAUCUGGCUACCUUGAAGAUUCCAGAUCAAAUAUUAUACGAGCAAGCUAAGGAAAGGAACAUUCGUGUGGAUCACCUGGACUAUCCCGUAUCGGAUGAGGAGUUUGAAGUGUUUUCGGAGAACAUUUGCGAAUUUCAAAAAAAUGAAUGUGUUUAUUACUGGGCCACUGAGGGGGCAGCUUCCUAUAGCAUACCAAAGGAGCGUAGAACCAAAGUUGAGCAAUCAUUGGCUGAUAAAUUCUCGUUUAUCACGUGGAAAUCAUCGACUGUAAUCGGCAUUGGAUGGACACCGAAAGAUAAGUUAGAUAAGAACGGACGAAAGAUAUUGGUGGUGAGGUACAGUCCAGCAGGAAAUAAGCCCGGGCAGUACGAACAAAAUAUUGAAAAUCCCGAAUUCCUAGAAUACUUUAACAUGCCAGCAAGGGAGGAUCCCAAUGCAGGGCACAGGCACAAUAAUUCGUCUGGACUAGGUUAUGGUGUAGUAAAUGUGCCAGUUUACAUGUCGCUGUUCGUCCUAGCCAUUCCACUUAUAAGAAAACUGGCAUGUACAAUUCAUAAUUGAGUAAAAUUGUUACGUUUAUCGCAUUAUACAUUGCCAAAAUUA